AUGGCUCUACGCUUUAGAACAGGGUGGAGAAGAUUUGUGCCCUUCAUAGGCUACCAUCAUGUCCUCAUGAUCUUCAUAGCCAUUGCAAUCAUCCUAUUAUCACUCCUGCUAGCAGGCUGCUCCUCAACCUCUCCGCUCAUCCCCGACAUCUACCUCAUCUCAUUAUAUUAUCAGAAAUACCCUCCUGUUUUCAGCACAGUACAAGUCGACCCUUCUGUCACCACUGCGAUAGCAAAUAUUGUUGGAAAUGCCGACCUGAAUGUCCGCGUAGGAUACUUUGGCAUUUGCAUCCGAGUUGAUGGAGGAGCAUGGAUGUGCAAUCAAAACUCGACCGCACUGGCCGACCUGGUGUCGAUUGAUCAAGACCCAUUGAAUCUCAUCUGGGUAGCCAGCACGUUCAAGAACGCCAUUGUGUUCCCCUACCUGCUCAUCAUUGCCAUUGUACUGGCGUUCCUCACAUUUUUGCUGCUGGCGACUUUCCCUGGCUGGCACACGUCGACAGGACCGGAUGGAUCAGAACACGAAGUCCGACCGUUUCCUUCAAGAGCAGUGUCACAGGUGGCGCUCGCAACGAUAUUUAUUUCGUCGGUGUUUGUGCUGGUCAGCGUGAUGUGGCAACACACCGCGGCUGUAGCAGCAAGCACGGUAGCGCAGGACUUGGGGAAUGGAAGUGUCAAAUCGGGAGUCGGCACGGCCGCAAUGGUGCUUGGUUGGUUCGGCUUUGGAUUGCUUGUCGUGGUCACGCUUGGGCUGUUGGUCAUGAUAUUGAGCAUUCAAUUGCUGGACCGCCUGACCGAUGAGGACUAA